AUGGUUUCUUCAAUAAAAGAUAUGUUAAAAUAUGAUGAGGGUGAAAAGUUAGAAAUGUAUAAAGAUACUGAAGGUUAUUAUACAAUUGGAAUUGGUCAUUUAAUUACAAGAAUUAAAGAAAGAAAUGCUGCUAUCUUAUCCCUUGAAGAAAAAAUUGGUCAUAAGGUAAAAAUGGAUUCAAAAAAUGAACCAAUAAUUACAAGUUCAGAAUCAGAAGCUUUAUUUGAAAAGGAUUUAUCUGUAGCCACAAAAUCAAUUGAGAGUAAUCCAACAUUAUCAACAAUUUAUAAAAAUUUAGAUAAUAUUCGUAAAAUGGCUAUAAUCAAUAUGGUUUUCCAAAUGGGUGUAAACAAUGUUUUAACUUUUAAAAUGUCAUUAAAAUUAAUUGAAGAAAAAAAGUGGGCUGAAGCAGCAAAAGAAAUGAAAAACUCAACUUGGAAUCAUCAAACUCCAAAUCGUUCAAAUAGAGUAAUUAGUGUAAUUGAAACUGGAACUCUCAAUGCUUACAAAUAG